AUGCCGGACGUUCAUCACGUUCUUCUUGAAGAGUUCUUGGGCGGCAGAGUCGUCCGAUGCCUCCCGGUUCUUCAGAAACUUGGGAAAGCUGACGAAACAAAAGACGAGCAGUUCGAGGAAUAUGUGCAGAACUUCAAACGCCAAGAGGCAGAGGGUACGAGACUUCAGAGAGAACUCCGGGGAUAUUUAGCUGCUAUCAAAGGCAUGCAGGAGGCCUCCAUGAAGCUCACCGAGUCCCUCCACGAGGUCUACGAGCCGGACUGGUACGGACGGGAGGACGUGAAGAUGGUGGGCGAGAAAUGUGAUGUGCUCUGGGAAGACUUCCAUCAAAAAUUGGUGGAUGGGUCCUUACUCACGCUGGAUACCUACCUGGGCCAGUUUCCUGACAUCAAGAUGCGCAUCGCCAAGAGGAGCAGAAAGCUUGUGGAUUAUGACAGCGCCCGUCACCACCUGGAAGCUCUGCAGAGCUCCAAAAGGCGAGAUGAAAGCCGUAUCACAAAGGCAGAAGAAGAGUUUCAAAAAGCCCAGAAAGUGUUUGAAGAGUUCAACAUCGAUCUACAAGAAGAGCUUCCUUCAUUGUGGUCUAGACGAGUGGGAUUUUAUGUGAAUACUUUCAAGAAUGUGUCCAGCCUCGAAGCCAAGUUCCACAAGGAAAUCGCUCUGCUCUGCCAUAAACUUUAUGAGGUGAUGACCAAGCUGGGAGAGCAGCAUGCAGACAAGGCCUUCACCAUCCUGGGAGCCCCCAGUGAUUCUGGUCCUCUCCGCAUCGCAAAGACGCCAUCCCCACCAGAGGAGCCUUCCCCCUUGCCCAGUCCAACAGCUAGUCCGAAUCACACCCUGGCACCUGCCUCUCCUGCACCAGCCCGGCCAAAGUCGCCUUCCCAGUUGCGGAAAGGGCCCCCUGUGCCACCUCUACCCAAAGUCACACCCACGAAGGAACUGCAGCAAGAGAAUAUCAUCAGCCUCUUUGAGGACAACUUUGUCCCAGAGAUCAGCGUGACGACUCCUUCUCAGAAUGAAGUUCCUGAGCAAAAGAAAGAAGAGUCUUUGCUCGAUCUGGACUUCGACCCUUUCAAGCCGGAUGUCACCCCCGUGGGAUCGGCAGGAAUCGCCCCCUCACCCAUGUCUCAGACAUUGCCCUGGGACUUGUGGACGACGAGCAGCGAGCUGGUGCAGCCGCCUGACGCUUCAAAAAGCCUUUCCUUGUGUAACCUGAUCAUGGAGGAAACUCCAGACCUCGGGUCAGCUGAAGACAUUCCUGACCCCCAAAGGGACCUAGGUUCAUUCAUCUGGGGCCUGGACGUUAGCGCAGACAGUGUCAGCCAGGAGGUUUCAGCAGGGGAUUCUGGAGAGGAAUCACUCCCUGAGCCUGGGGCACAACAGAGCCUGGGAUUCCCCACUGGAGUGUGGCCUGCGGAUGGUGUGGAGAGUGACCAUCAGCCGGGGCCAGCGGGCAGAAAAGAAAACUCAUUGAUUUCCUCCGAGGAGGAGGCAGAAGCUAGAUUGGACAUGGGUCUGAGUCCAGAGACAGAGCAGCCUUCGGAGUCCUCCCCACACCCUGAGAUGCCACCUGUGGAAAGGGGAAGCCUUCAAGAAGAAAGCCACGAAGAUCUGGAAAGGACGAAAGAGGGGCGAGAGAACCCAAAGAUAGAAGAGUCGAUGGGGGAAAGCUUGGAGACGUGUGAAAAGGCUUCCAGUGGCACCUUCAAUGGAUUUACCCAGCCUCAGGACACUUCCCUCUUCGACAUGCCUGCCGCUCAGACAGUGAUGGAUACCCAGGCUGAGUUGGAAGAAGUACCCCCCACAGAACCCAAAGCUGAGGAGCCCUUGGCUGGAGCUCCUGCUGAGGGUCAAGACAUCCAACCUAGUGAGGCAGCAGAGGAGGCAGAGGUGGUUCCUGCAGAGGAUGCUGAUAUAGCCCCUGCAGCUGCUGGAGCCCCGGUGGUGGCAGCUGAGGGAGCCUCAGAGGCUGUCACAGAAGGUGAGGUCCCUCCCUUGGGUGAAGGAGCGAGUGUUGAGAGCCAAGCUGUUCCAGAGACCAGGGAGGCCACAGAGAGUGACAGAGCUGGGACAGAAGAAAUGGAAGCAGCCGGGAUCCAGGUAAAAGCUCUGGUGGAAAAGGGCCACCCAGUGUGGUAA